CUCUCCCCUUCCCUGGACAUGCUCUCUCAUUCACAUCCCUGCUUCUCUGUCCCCCACCCCCACCCCCGCUCACUUUGCCUCCGCUCUCUCAGUCCUCUACCUUGAGUCCCCAGAGCCCCUCUCUCCCCUAACACUACUCUCCAAUCCUCACCCCUGACGCCCCCCUUUCCCUGGCAUUUGGCUCUGCCGCCCAGCUCCUUUCAGCCAGUCUCUUGCUCUCUUUGCCCCCAGAAUUACUUCCACCCACGCCCCGUGAGACUCCCCCAAACUUCUCCAAGAUGAUCCCCACACCCAGCUUUCCCUCCCACUAGUCUACCCACCCCGCGCCCUUUAAGGCUCGCAUACCACCCUCACCCUGUUCCACCUCUUUCCAGUUCUACCCUACCCCGGCCCUCCCAUCUCCUGGAGGUCUCCCGGGCUGUCACUGCCCGCUCCUCAUUCCUCUUACCACCCCUCCCCUGGAUUGCAUUUCUCAUUUUCUUCCCGUCCCGGGCACUCCCCACGCCCCACCCCGCCCUUCAUCUCCCGCUCCCCUUAUCCCCGAAGCUACCCGGUCUUUCCCCAUCUUCCCAUUCUCCUCCUGAGCAUCCCAUCAACCUCUACCUCCUCCAGCCUCCCACAUCACCCUUGCCCUCCAUCGCUCCCAUCCCCGAGACCCCCUCGACUCCUCCCGCUCAUUCAUCCCUCAGAGCCCCCCUUACCCCGUGGCUCCCCCUCAUCCCUCCAUCGCACAUCCCUCCUCAGUCCUCCAGGAAUCCCCCCUCCCUGCUCCCCCGCCUCGUCCCGCCCGCCUCACUCCCGCCCCAGUCCGGCCCGGCUCUCCGGCUGCGCGCUCCAGGCUGGGUGCGAGCCAUGGGCAGCGGUAGCAGCCGGAGCAGCCGGAUCCCGAGGCGGCGGCGCAGCCCUGACAGGCGCCAGGCGGACCCGCGAGAGGCAACCUCAGAGGGCGGCACAGCUGACCAGGCCCCGACGGCCGCGACGCAGGAGGAGACUGGCCCAGAUCCCCGCCCCACGACGCCCCCCGGCGGCCGGGAGGAGACCCUGCGCCUGUUGGACCAGUUGCUGGCCGAGUCCGAGACCUGGGGGACCCAGGAGCCGACCCCACGCGGCCCCGCCCGGCUUUCACCCGCGGUGUCCCCAGAAAAGAAGACGAAGGACGACCCUGAAGAGAGCUGUACCCCUGAAGCCCCAAGCAGCAGCCACAAGAGACCGGAGGGGCAGUCGGCCAUCUCCUACGAUUACUCUGAGGAGGAGCUGAUGGCGAGCAUCGAGCGGGAGUACUGCCGCUGAGCUGGCUGAGCAGUCUUGGUUACCACUGGCCAGGCUCCGCAGGCCUGUGAGCUGGGCUCCCGUUAGAGGGUACCACCUUGCCCCACCAGGCCUGUGAACUGGGCUCCCGUUAGAGAGAACCACCUUGCCCCACCAGGCCUGUGAGCUGGGCUCCCGUUAGAGGGAACCACCUUGCCCAACCCAGGACUGUGAGCUGGGCUCCCGUUAGAGGGUACCACCCUGCUCCACCCGUGGCCUGUGAGCUGGGCUCCCGUUAGAGGGUACCACCUUGCCCCACCAGGCCUGUGAGCUGGGCUCCCGUUAGAGGUACCCACCUUGCUCUACGAGGCCCAGCCAGAGCGAAACCACUUGUAGAAUACAGCUCUCUUUCCACGCUGGUCUCUAAAGAUUCUCUAUCAGAGUUCUGCCACUGGCCUGGCAGACCAAAACUAAGGGCAAGCAGGCCCUGGGCCACAGGUGUGGGGGCGCUGGCGCCUCUUCUCACACAGGGGGAGCCUGCCUGUGUGGUUCCCCUGAAAUCUGAAUUGUUGGUUCUUUCUGCUUACUCACUUUCCAAGUGGAGAAGGGUCGGUGCUGGCAUCCCUGUAUGACGUGAGUUUGUGGUGGGAAGCAGAGCUCAUUGGUGCCCUCUCUGGGCCUCAGUUUCUCUCUGGGGGAAGGGGGAGGUGGUAAUCCUGGAUGUUCUUUGAGACCUUUCAAGACUUUUCAAGCCGUUAGUCUGGCAGCUCUAUCGUCCAGCCCGUAAUCUCCCAGCUGCCAGUGUGCUUUGGCUGAGUACAGAACCGUAUAGGAGCCGAGAGAGGGAACCCAUACCGAGAUAGGGCUUCACAGCAACUGCUCUUCAGUGUCCCUUUCGGCUGGCAGUCUGCCUGGGGGCUGUGAACCUCUUCUCCUCCUCCCUGCUUGGGUGGGAGGCAGUCAGGAUAACAAUGCCAGAAGAGCUUUCAAACAUCCCCAGUGGACAGGUGGGGAAAUACAGAUAGCCAAUGGGAAGGGGGGUAGGGCUUGUGUGGGCCCUGUAGGGCCUGGCGCUUGCUCAGGUGUCUGAGGAAGCACCUCACAGCUGGCGAGGGUGCCUGCAGAAAGGCUUCAGAGAUCUGUGAGUGGCGGCACAUGCUGCAGUCACAGCCACCAGGCCAACGCUAGAGGAUUACUGAGAAUGGAAGGCUACGUAGUAAACUCGAGACUGGCCUGGACUAUGUCAUGAGAUUCUGUGUCAGAAAACAAGAGUAGAGAAUGUUGGAAUAGUGGUAGCUCUGGCCAAGGCCAGGCCAGGUCUCAGCUUCUGCUGCAUACCCCUACCAAGACAGUGCUCUGCUCCAGUAUCCUUCCUCUGCUGAGAGCUGCUGCUGGCCCGCGAUCCUCAGAGCUCAACAUGGAGCAUCUCAGGAACCAAGGAAGAAUGGUCCCUAGGGCCAUCCCCACAUCCACAGUCCUUUGCUGUCACCCAAAAAUGAUUCCAUGAACUAGUGCCUUUGAGUUUGUAGCUGGGAGAUUUGUGCUACGGUUGGAGCCCAGAGCCAUCGGGUGUCUUCCAGUGGGCUGAGCAUUGGGUCAAAACCUCCCAGAGCUGGAAGCUGCUUCUCACCGAAGCUCAAAGCACUGCUUUUGAUACAAAGAUGGAAGUUGUCUCUAUUUUAAUAUGUUACCCUAAAUAUUACAAAUGCUUAUUUUAAAAGAGGUUAAAAUAUUACAUUUUUACC